GAGAGGACAGCUCUGCUGAUGCUGUGAGCCAAUACGCUCUGUGGAUGCACGUAAUUGCGCAGAGUGGCGGGCGGGAGGCGCUGUAGGGCUGGUGUCAGCAAAACAAAGUGAAAUGGGAGGAGCAGAAUCGGAAGUAAAGUGGCCACACGGUGUGCCAGUCGGUCCGAGCCAGUCGCUUACAUCUCAGAUCCGCCGCCGCGCAACGAACACGGAAAGAAGCGUCUGCCAAGUCUUGCACUCCACUUGGUGACGCGCGGAGCGAAGCAGUUUCAGGACACUUGACGAGCAGCACAUAGCCGCUACCGCUGCACAGUGUUGCUCCCUUUGGUGUAAAAUGCAACUGCAGUCUUUUCCGGAUAAAGACAGCAUUCAUACAUAAUCAGCGACGUAGCGAAAACAAGGACAAACGCCGGGGCGAACGGAGGCAGCGAGCGGUUUGAGAGAGGUGUAGACGACAAUACUCAAAAGAUCCAAUUUGUCUGUGAUGAGCAUCCCCAUCCACCAGAAACCAAAGGCCUGCCCCUGUUGUUCCUUCUGAGAGGAAGUGAUGUCACGCCACCACCACCGCUUUGAGAGGGACUACCGGGGACCCUGGGAGCGGAGAGACAUUCGCCCCUCUGGCCUCCACAAUGGAGGAGCCAACCAUAGCUGUGCCUCUGCCGUCGUCAAUGGCAACAACCGUCCGGGACUCCUUCCCCUCCCAGUCAUCCCGUCCCUCCUCCCCACCCCAGUUACAGUUGCCGUGACAACAUCAAGCAACGAUAUAGCGGUCAAGCGAGGCAUCACAGGAGCAGGGUCUGUGGCUCCAGCAUCAGCCAAGGUCUCCGGACUUUCGCCUGGAGACAGCCAGACCCCAGGACUGCUGCUGGCUCCAGGGGUGAGGUGGGGACAGACGCCCAUCAACCAGCUCACACCAUGGGAUACAGAAGAGCCCCCUGCCAAGCAACACAGAGACGGCGAGCCCACUGGUCCAACCUGGGCUGCACCAGUAGCAGCGGUUAGCCAGCCCAGUCUCCUGCCCCACACCUACGCCCUCCCUCAACCACCAUCCUUCAACCACAGUGUGACCGCGCAGUCACCUAUCAUCGGAGUAACCCCAUCCAUCCAGACGCCUGUGCCCCCACAGCAUCCCCUCAUGACCGCCCACUUCCAGCUGACACCACAGUCGACUCAGCAGCCACUGUCUAUGGUACUGAGCAUGCCCAGCCAGCCUCCGUAUGCCGGGAAUCAGCCAAAUGUUACACCGUCUGCCCUCACUGCCCAAGCCAACCAGGUGGUUCAUCAAAACCCUCACAGCAUGAUGGGAAACGGCCACUUAACCUCUCACCCGAGCCUCCUCCAGCCCCCCACCCUGCCUCUCACUAAUGGACAGGCAGCAGCAGUGCAAGCUCAGCAUACAGCUGCAGACAAUCAGGAUGGUCCGAACGGGCUGCAAAUGCUGCGGACAGUCGGGAGUGGGAAGUAUGAGUUCAGUGACCCAGGACAUCCCAAAGAGAUGUUGAAGGAGUUGAACCAGCAGCGCAGAGCGAAAGAGUUUACAGACCUGAAAAUUAUUGUUGAAGGCAAAGAGUUUGAAGUCCACCAAAAUGUUCUAGCUUCCUGCAGCUUGUAUUUCAAGGACCUGGUGAAAAGGUCGUCAGGGGAGACGAGGAGCGGGGAGAUGCUGGAGGUGAACAUGAGCAACAUCAGCGCUGAUGUGCUGGAGCUGCUGCUUGAAUUUGUCUACACGGGAUCUCUGGUCAUCGACUCGGCCAAUGCCAAGACGCUGCUGGAGGCUGCCAACAAGUUCCGUUUUAACACCUUCUGUAAAGUCUGUGUCUCCUUCUUAGAGAAACAGUUGACGGCUGCUAACUGUCUGGGAGUGCUGGCUAUGGCUGAAGCCAUGAGUUGCACUGAGCUUCACAACAUGGCUAAAGCCUUUGCUUUGCAGAACUUCCCUGAGGUGGCAGGUCAGGAGGAGAUCUUGAGCGUUUCUAAGGAGGACCUGGUGGCGUAUCUGUCCAAUGACAGUCUAAACACAAAGGCCGAGGAGCUGGUUUAUGAGACCAUCAUUAAGUGGAUCAAACAAGACCCCAACUCCAGAGUACAGCAUUUGUCAGAGCUGCUUGCGGUGGUCCGUCUUCCCUUCAUCCAUCCGUCCUACUUGCUCAACGUUGUGGACAACGAAGAGCUGAUCAAAUCAUCAGAGGCCUGUCGGGAUCUGGUCAACGAAGCCAAGCGUUACCACAUGUUGCCUCAUGCACGGCAGGAGAUGCAGACGCCCAGGACCCGGCCGAGACUUUCUGCAGGUGUAGCAGAGGUCAUAGUUCUGGUGGGAGGGCGUCAGGCUAUCGGGAUGAACCAGCGCUCCCUGACAGCAGUCACCUGUUUCAACCCACAGAACAGUAAGUGGUACCCACUGGCCAGCCUGCCCUUCUACGACCGUGAGUUCUUCAGCGUCAUCUCGGCAGGAGACAACAUCUACCUGUCAGGUGGCACCGAGUCGGGUGUGAUGGUGGCUGAUGUGUGGUGCUACAUGUCCCUGCUGGAUAACUGGAAUCUGGUGUCCCGGAUGACCGUGCCUCGCUGCAGACACAACAGCCUGGUAUAUGACGGCAAACUGUACACCAUUGGAGGACUAGGCGUAUCUGGGAAUCUGGACCAUGUGGAGAGAUACGACACUAUCACCAACAUGUGGGAGACGGUUUCUCCUCUUCCAAAGCCGGUGCAUUCUGCAGCCGCCACAGUAUGUGGAGGAAAAAUCUACGUGUUCGGAGGUGUGAAUGAGGCUGGACGCUCGGCAGGUGUCCUCCAGUCUUACAUACCGCAAAGCAACACCUGGAGUUUCAUUGAAUCACCCAUGAUAGAUAACAAAUAUGCUCCUGCGGUGAGUCUAAAUGGUUAUAUAUUUAUCCUGGGAGGAGCCUACGCUCGAGCUACCACUAUCUAUGACCCAGACAAAGGCAACAUCAAGGCUGGUCCCAACAUGAAUCACUCUCGGCAGUUCUGCAGCGCUGUUAUUCUGGAUGGGAAGAUCUACACCACAGGUGGCAUCGUGAGCAGCGAGGGUCCCGCCCUUGGCAACAUGGAGACGUUUGACCCGUGUACCAACACUUGGACACUCCUGCAGUCACUGCCCUGCCCCCUCUUCAGACACGGCUGCGUGGUCAUUAAGAAGUACAUUCAGAGCGGCUGAGGGUGGCUCGGACUGGGUAAAAGCCAAACACCGGCUGAGCUCCAGUUGUGGGAAGAUGCGAGACGGCAGCUUUGAGCCAGGCCAGUCAAUCGGCCAGUGACCUCUGGACUUGACGCUAGCAUCAACCCACACAGUUCCCACUCCCAUCCAUCCCUCAAAUAAAACCCUGUGCAGAAUGUACUCAUGUUUAACUACUCAGCCAUGCCAGGUGACGAUGCCUAACCUCCAGUACUGUAUGUGUCAUGGUAGUUCAUCCCCUAAUCCAACAGGCACAGGGACCCUCUUAGUAAUUCACAAGCUUUAUUUUUUUUUAAUUGAAGUCGUCUUUUCAGUUUAGUCUCUUCCAGAUCUUUGUGAACUCACCUCUUACUUGUUUCUUUUUCUAUGCUGACUCAGCUAAGUGAAAGCCAUUGCAGGUCCACAUUUUUGUCUUACUGAGUGAAUUACAUUUGACAGAUUUAGGCUCCUUAGAUUUUUUUUUUCUUUUAGCAGAAAUUGCUUUGUGGUGUUUGAAUGUGUUUCAGCUGUAACAGCCACAUGACGAGAGGAAACACUAAGGACAAGAAUUGGGACCGUUUUCCUCUUCAUCAGUGGAUUUGACGAGUUUCUUCUCUCUCUACUAUGUCAGGAAGCCGAAUUUCCUACUGUGUGGAUUUAUGCGGUAAUUUCAAAACCAGAUUUUGAACUCUGUGUGAUCCAGUUCUUUUAAUGAUAUUGGGGAAAAACUAUAAAAAUCUGGGUCAGGUGGGGUUUACAAAAAUGUUUUUUUUUUUUUCCCCCCCGCUGUGUUUUUUUUUGGUGCAACUCAGUCCUGAGAAUUAUCUGGAGGGUUGGUGUUUUUUUCUUUUUCUUUUCAUCUUUAUCCGUGCUUUUGCUCUCUGGGACAAAGACGGCGCUACAUUUAGAGAGAAGGAAUUCCUCUUUUCUGCUGACAUCUGAUCAGAUAUUCAAGUUGGGACAGUUUCUCCGGGAAAAAAAGCACAAUAUUCACCAGUGACUGUUAUCAUAGAUGUUAUCUGUUGAUCCAUGGUUUCUCUCCUUCGUCAGCCCCUGCCAUCCCUUUUCUGUUUUAGACAUUGUUUCAUUGAAACCCACAAACGUUGUUGGGUUGGUAUUCUGUAAAUACAGGAAGGAAAUAUGUAUAUUUUAAAACCUGAAGGUGAUUCUGUAUAAAUGUUUUUAGAAAAAAAAAGAAAACCCAAUAGGCUGGAUUCAAACUAAGUCUGUAAAUCUGUACCCAAAAAGGAGAAAUAACAAUUAUUAUUGAAAACUAAUACAUAUACCA